AUGAACAGUUGUUAUUAUGUUAUGGGAUUGUUGUUGUUGAUGGUUUCCUUUGUUUUUGGAAUAACAACAGCCACAACAGAUUCCUUUUGCGGAAAUCAAGCUAUCAGAUUCCCUUUCGGAAUCAAAAACCAUCAAGCACCAUCGCGUGGCUACCCUGGCUUUGAUUUGAUUUGUUCAUCAAACCAAACUAUGAUUCAACUUCCUCACUCAGUGAAACUCAAUGUCGAUAACAUUGACUACAAACGCCAAACAAUUCUACUUUCCGAUCCACAAACUUGUCUUUACAAACAGAUCAAAAACCUCAAUAUUUCAUCCACUCCGUUCAACUACUUGAAACGUGACUAUGAUCAUUUUGUUGACCAUUACUUUUUCAACUGUUCACUUCUGAUUAGAAAUGAGUUAGAUUCCUAUUUGGUUCCAUGUCUAAGCACUUCAACCUCUCAAACAUAUGCUAUCCCUUCUGAUAGACUCAUUGAUGACCUUCCUCUCUCUUUUUGCACCAAAAUGUUUCAUGUUUCAUUCAAACCUUCUGAAUUUGUUCCUUUGAUGUGGUCUCAGCCUGAUUGUAAACACUGUGAAUCAAAAGGAAACAGGUGUGGUUGGAACAAUACUACACACUCCAAGAAAAUCGACUGUAUCUCCAAAGGUUCAUCAACGGCUUUACUCACCACAGGGUCAAUUCUUGGAUCUUUGUUUUUCAUCUUGUUGACUGGUGCAGUUUACCAUAUUUAUGACAUUUACAUACUAAAGAAAGCAAAACAAGCAAUUAUAGAAAGGUUUUUGGAAGACUAUAGAGCUCUUAAGCCUACUAGAUACUCUUAUGUAGAAAUUAAGAGAAUCACUAAUAAUUUUGGAGACAAAUUAGGAGAAGGAGCUUAUGGAAGUGUGUAUAAAGGAAGCAUUUCAAAAGAGAUUAAUGUUGCUGUCAAAAUACUAAACUUUUCUCAAGGAAAUGGGCAGGACUUUCUCAAUGAAGUUGGUACAAUGGGUAGAAUCCACCAUGUUAAUAUUGCUCGAUUGAUCGGGUUUUGCGCCGAUGGGUUUAAAAGAGCUCUUGUUUAUGAAUUUUUGCCAAAUGGUUCAUUGCAAAAGUUCAUAAAUUCACCGGAUAAUGAGAAAAACUUCCUUGGUUGGAAAAAAAUGCACGAAAUUGCUUUAGGAAUAGCUAAAGGAAUUGAGUAUCUUCAUCAAGGGUGUGAUCAACGCAUCCUCCAUUUUGAUAUCAAGCCGCAAAACGUGUUACUUGACCAUAACUUCAUUCCAAAAAUAAGUGAUUUUGGUCUAGCUAAAUUAUGUUCUAGGGAUCAGAGCAUAGUGUCGAUGACUACAGCUAGAGGAACUUUGGGCUACAUUGCUCCCGAAGUUUUUUCAAGAAACUUUGGAAAUGUGUCUUACAAAUCAGAUGUUUAUAGUUAUGGAAUGAUGUUGCUUGAAACAAUAGGAGGAAAGAAGAUCACGGAGGAUUUAGAGAAAAACACUAGUCAUGUUCACUAUCCAGAAUGGAUUCAUAAUCUGUUAGAUGACCAAGAGGAAAUGAGAAUUCAUGUUGAUGAUCAAGAGGAUGAAAAAACUGUUAGGAAAAUGGCGAUUGUGGGACUUUGGUGCAUUCAAUGGCAUGCAAUGGAUCGACCAUCAAUGCAAAUGGUGGUUCAAAUGUUGGAAGGAGAUGAAGACAAAACUCCAAUACCUCCCAAUCCUUUUGCUUCUCAGUCUAGACGACCUAGAAGAAAUGGUUCAAUUGCAAGACAACUAACACAAGAUUUAGAUGUAAUUGAAGAGUUAGAUUAA